CUAAUCGUUUCGAUCAAAUAUCGGACUUUAACGAGGUCGCGCGUAGCGAAGAACUGAAAAAAAAAACUGAUCCAAAGAAGUCGUACGACGACAAAAAAUAAGAAGAAGGGGAAUCGUGGAAGUAUUAUUCGCUCGCACCAUUGAGGGACACACAUGACUUGAUCGGAUCACUUUGGUUUCGACGUCUUCAGUGGAAGAAAGGAUUAAUUGUGUUAUUGUUAUCGUCAUCGUCAUCGCGAUCGCUAUGGAUCCAGUUUGGUUAAGGCAUCAAUUUAUACAAGAACCGUCAUUAAUAUCAUCAUACAAUAAUAAAAAUCCAUUCCCAAAAAGACCAUGGCUUCAGAAUGGUUCGGUUGUGGCUGCUGCCGGUGCUACUAAUAUUGGUCUCAAAGGAAUCAUUGCUGGUGGUAUUACCGGAGGUAUAGAAAUUUGUAUUACGUAUCCAACUGAAUACGUGAAAACGCAACUACAAUUGGAUGGUAAAAGUGGAGCUGGCAAAGAAUAUACAGGAAUAUGGGAUUGUGUAACAAAAACUGUAAAAACGCGUGGAUUCUUUGGACUAUACAGAGGCCUAUCCGUUCUCCUUUACGGCUCUAUACCAAAGUCGGCAGUACGUUUUGGUGCUUUCGAGUCGGUUAAAAAAAGAUUGGUCGACACAGAUGGAAAUCUCAACGCUCAGAGAAAACUUUUGGCAGGACUUUGCGCUGGUGUAUGCGAAGCUAUUUUCGCAGUGACUCCUAUGGAAACGGUCAAAGUUAAAUUCAUUAACGAUCAGAGAUCGCCUAAUCCUAAGUUUAAGGGAUUUUUCCAUGGCGUUAGUUUGAUAGUCAAAGAAAAUGGAUUCAAAGGAGUAUACCAAGGUGUUAUGCCUACUAUUUUAAAACAAGGCUCUAAUCAAGCAAUACGAUUUUUUGUAAUGGAAACAUUAAAAGACUGGUACAGAGGUGGCGACAAUAAUAAAAAUGUUCCUAAGGUCGUUGUUGGUGCGUUCGGUGCGUGUGCGGGAGCAGCUUCAGUUUUCGGGAAUACCCCUAUUGAUGUUGUAAAAACUAGAAUGCAGGGUUUGGAGGCAUCGAAAUAUAAAAGCAGUAUAGACUGCGUUAUCCAAGUAUGGAAGAAAGAGGGUCCAUUUGCCUUUUAUAAAGGCACUAUUCCAAGAUUAAGUAGAGUAUGUUUAGAUGUUGCUAUAACAUUCAUGAUUUACGAUUCAUUUAUGGAUCUGUUUAAGAAAAUAUGGCCAUGAGAAAACUUAUAUGUAUUUAUAGAACUUUUAUUUUACUAUAUUAUUGUAAAUGAUAUGUCAUGUGAACAUUAGGACAUUCCUUUAUGAGAAUACGUUUGCAUAAUAUGUUUGUAUGAUAAUGUGACUGGAAUAUUAUUUCCUUAUAAUAAGUUUAUUAUCAUUCAAAGAUAUUACCUUGUUAAAUUGGUAAAUACGUCUCGUAUUACGUCGAUCAUUUGAUGUACAGUGCUUGAUCAGUUGACAAACAUAAUCCGCUACCUGAAUUGUUCGUUAAACCAUCAUCGGAAAAGAAACUAUUACAGUUUUACAAAUUUUA